AUGUAUAAAAACUCUUUAAUCUCCAAGUUCUCUAACAACAAAAACAUAUAUUUUCAAUUUUCCCCUGAAAGAAAAAUCUCCACCUUUUUCUUUUAUCAAAAUAUAAAUUUAUCCAGAAAAAAUGACUUCGCAUUGUCAAGAAAUCGAAGAAGAGCAAAUGUCAAGGAUUGAGAAAGGCGACGGCAAAGAUUGCCAUGGAGGUAUCGAGACGGUCAUAUGCACUUCUCCCGGCAUUGUUUGCCUUACCCAAAAGUUGAUAGCAGAGAUAAUUGGGACGUAUUUCAUAAUAUUCUCUGGAUGUGGAGUGGUGGUAGUGAAUGUUUUGUACGAUGGGAUAGUAACGUUUCCGGGUAUCUGUGUGACUUGGGGUCUCAUUGUUAUGGUCAUGAUUUACUCUACCGGUCACAUUUCCGGUGCACAUUUUAACCCGGCCGUCACUGUUACUUUUGCCGUUUUCCGGCGGUUUCCUUGGUAUCAGGUACCAUUGUAUAUAGGUGCACAACUUACGGGAUCGUUACUAGCGAGUUUGACACUGAAACUAAUGUUCACAUUGACACCCAAAGCUUUCUUCGGAACAACUCCGAGUGAUUCAUCGGGACAAGCACUUGUUGCAGAGAUCAUUAUUUCAUUCCUCCUCAUGUUUGUUAUUUCUGGCGUUGCCACCGAUAGUCGUGCGACCGGAGAACUAGCUGGGAUUGCCGUGGGGAUGACUAUAAUUUUGAACGUCUUUGUUGCCGGACCUAUAUCGGGAGCAUCUAUGAAUCCAGCAAGAAGUCUAGGACCAGCAAUUGUGUUGGGAAGGUAUAAAGGAAUUUGGGUUUACAUUGUUGGUCCCUUCGUCGGAAUUUUAGCUGGAGGUUUUGUUUACAACUUUAUGAGAUUCACGAAUAAGCCACUCCGGGAACUCACUAAGAGUGCUUCUUUUCUUCGUAGCGUUGCUCCAAAAGACAAUGAUUCUAACUCUACUAAGAGCUAA